UCUAUGACUGAAAUAGCUGCCCGAGAGGUGUUUCAAAGAUGGCCGCUGAGUCAAAUGAAUUGCCUUAAAGGGAAUUUAGGGGUUUUAUGUCUAUGAGAACCAGAGCUGGAAAAAGUCACUUUUCUAGAUUGUAGAGUUUUCCUGAAGUGUAUGAUCGUCAUUUUGAAAGCCCAGAGUUUUUCCUAUAUUUAUAGUACUACGAGGAGAGUUCAACAAUCACCACCACGUCCACCUCAAUGUCUCAUGGUGUUGAGUCCACACCAGGUGGUCUUCCCAGACGGACAGUCAGGAAGAAGGCGAAGGUGGACACCUCAAAGUUCAUGACUCCUUACCUGGCACACAGCCAGAAGAUGCUUGACCAGUACAGCCAUAAUAAAUACAGGGAGGAAUAUGAAAAAUCAAAGGGGCAGCCCUAUGCCAUUUCAGCUGACACACCUGAGAUGAUUCGCAUCAAGAAGGCCCAGGAGCAGCUUAGUGAGGUGAAAUACCGUAUGGAGGGCCUGAAGGCCAAAACCACCAGCCUCUAUGAUGGUGAGGCUCGUGAGAUUGCCCACGUGAAGCACGUCUCUGAGCUCGUCAGCAAAGUUCUGUACAGGCAGAAAUGGGAUGAGACCAAGGAUAGGUACUUGCUCCCUCCUGACGCCCCUGAGCUGGUUCUUGCUGUGAAGAAUGCUGCAAAUUACAGCAAGAAAUUGUACACAGAGGCGUGGGAUGAGGAUAAGACCAUGUACUAUCCAUACAGCGACAGCCCAGAGUUGCGCAGGGUGGCCAAGGCCCAAAAAGACCUCAGUGAUAUUGUCUACAAGAAGGGCCACGAUGAGCGCAAGGCAAAGUACACGUCUCUGGCUGAUCCCCCAGAGAUGGAACUGGCAAAGAAAAACUUUGCCAAUCGUAGCAAUCUUAAAUAUCAUGAGGAUUACAACAAGAACGUCAAGGGAAAAUGGUGUGAAACCCCUUACUUUGAUAUCGCUAUCGCUAGAAUGGCUAUGGACAACAUCAGUGACAAAAAAUAUACGGCUGACUUUGAAGAUAUGAAAGACCAAAUUUAUUUCAUGCAAACGGACACACCAACGUAUGCUUCCAACAAAAAGGCUCGCGAAGCUGCAAGUACGGUCAAAUAUAAGAAGGACUAUGAGAAGACCAAAGCGGUGUGCGAUUACAACGUUCUCCCUGCUACAGAGAACCCCCUUCUCAGACAGCUGAGAUACGCAGGCACCAUCUUGAGUGAUAAAGUAUAUAAAGCUAGUUAUGAGAAAUCAAGGGGAUUCAGCAUCAAUUACUGCGACACUCCCAAAUUCAAGAUGGACAGUGUAUUGAAGAAGUUCAGUGAUUCACAUUAUAAAGAGAAGUAUGAAAAUCAGGUGAAGGGUCAUUACAUUGGUAGCUAUGAAGAUAUUUUUACAGUUCACUGCCGGAAACUGGAAGAAAUGAAGAAUGAUCAAAACUACAAAGCUGAUUAUGAGGACAUAAAGACAAGAUGUUUCUUUCCUCAAACUAUUACACCAGAAUACGAAGUCAAUAAGAAGCUUGAACAAUGUAAAGAUAAAGUUUAUCGUCAACAUCCCGACAAGGUGAAGUUCACACAGGUGACAGACUCACCUGUUCAAUUGCAAGCUGCCAUCAACGCCCACCAGUUGAGUGAUCUCAACUACAAGCAAAAGUAUGAGAAGGAGAAGUUUAAGUGUAACCUCCCUCCUGAUUACCCUUUCUUCAUUCAAUCUAGAGUUAAUGCGUAUAACCUUAGUGAUACGUGUUACAAGUUUGAAUGGGACAAAACAAAAGCAAAGAAAUUUGAGGUGAAAGGAGAUGCGAUUUCAAUCCUUGCAGCCCGUGCUCACACUAACAUUGCUAGUGAUGUGAAAUACAAGAAGGAAUAUGAGAAGAACAGAGGACAUAUGGUUGGGGCCCUCAGCAUCAAUGAUGACCCCAAGAUCAUGCACUCAGUACAUGUUGCUAAGAUACAAAGUGAGCGUGAGUACAAGAAAGACUAUGAGAAGAUGAAGACCAAGUACCAUGCUCCACUGGACAUGAUGCUUGUGACUCUUGCUAAGAAAUCUCAGGCCAUUGCCAGCAUGUCUGGCUAUAAGAAGAUCCAAAACCAUUACCUCCUCCCUUAUGACAGCGUAUCACUGGACACGGCAAAGAAGGCCAAUAUUAUUCAGAGUGAUAAUGAAUACAAGUCAGACUACAAUAACUACGUCAAAGGAACGCCUUGGGUCCCUUAUGGCUCCAUGGACGUUGAGAAGUGCAAAAAAUCUGGGCAGAUCUUAAGUGAGAAAAAGUACAGGCAGCAACCAGACACUGUACCUUUUACUGCUAUAGAUGACCACCCUCUUCAGCUGCAGGCUAAGGCCAACCAGAUGAUAAGAAGUGAUCUGCACUAUAAGAAAGGUCUAGAUAAAGUCCAUCAGAAGUACUCCCUGCCUCAUGAUGUUCCACAGUUCAUUCAGGCCAAGUGUAAUGCCUACAACAUAAGUGAUAAAUGCUAUAAGGUUGAAUGGCUGAAGACUAUUGCAAAGGGGUAUGAUCUGAAGCCUGACGCCAUACCCGUAAAAGCUGCGAAGGCAGCCAGACAUGCUGCUAGUGAUGUUCAGUAUAAGAAGCAGUAUAUGAAGGACAGAGGCCACCAUGUUGGCUUCCGGAGCCUCCAGGACGACCCCUUGCUGGUGCAUUACAUGGAGGUGGCUAAGAUGCAAAGUGAGAGGAACUACAAAAAGGAUUACCACAAAUCCAAGCUGAAGUACCACACCCCCGUGGACAUGUUAAGUGUGGUGCAGGCCAAAAAUGCCUCCAAGGUUCAGACAUAUGCAGGAUACAAGCAGAAUUUACACAAUUACACCCUGCUUCCUGAUGCCAUGAACCUGGCAUUAGCUCGCUCCAUGAACAUCAGCUCCAGUGAUGUUGAGUACAAGAGUGAGUACAACUGCACAGUAAAGGGCAUGGGAUGGGUACCCAUUGGUUCAUUGGGAGUAGAGACUGCAAAGAUUGGAGGAAAGAUCUUGAGUGAUAACAAGUACCGCACUCACCCCUCCAACUACAAGUUCCACAAACUUAUGGACUCUAUGGAUCUCACAUUGGCUACUGCCAACAAUAAGAUCAUGGACAAGGCAAGCCUAGAUUAUGUUUAUUUCCAUUGGUUUGACUGGUGAAAAAUUAAUC